UUAAGAGCGUGAACUCAUAGGGAAAUGCUCUGAUUCUCCCUACAUGGCUAGAAACAACUCGGAAACGACUAGCUCUAGCCGGUCGACCCACAAGAUCCGCUCAUCAGACAUCGCUAAUGUCCUUAGCCACAGGUUAAGGGAUGAGCAGGAGGAAUAUCUAGUCCGAUGGCGCACUCAAACUCCCACAGCCUCCUCGCUCCGACAAGCCAUCUGCUCCUGGCACGGUUUAAGUGAACUCACUCGAGCUCUUCAUCAUGUGCAGCGGUACGUGGAGGCUCGAGCACGCGCAGCUCCUCCAAGUCGAGGCGCCGUUGGCAAUAUAUCAGCAGUGCCGAGCAAGCGCAAACGGUCCUCACCUAACGAUGAGGCAACGCUAUCACGUGAUGCGGAGCUUGGCAUCAUCACCCCUAGCCACUCCUCCGAUCGGAGUCGGGCUACGUCAGCGAUCCCCUCCGAGACUGCAGAGGAAGCUGUACACGUCUACAACGGAGUACUCGAGAGAAAGGAGGGGUGGAUCGGGGCGAAGAAGUCCAAGCGCGUGCCGACCGUGGAAAUUGACGCGACGACACUUCCGACUCCUCACAUGAUGGAAGAGGCCUCUGCCACUCCGACUAAGCAAGCUGCCCGCUUCAUCAGGGAGGCAUUUCAACGCAAGCUACGACGGGUGGGAAACCUGUCACUGGUGAAUGAGGUUGAUUCGACCGCACCAUCUCUGGAGUUUCAAUUCGUCAAUGCCUACGUUCUGGGCGAUGGAGUGUAUCGAGCGGACCCGGACACGUACGAAGGUUGUCAGAAGCCGUGCAGGCCGAACAUGGGCCAACACAUUGGCUGUGAGCUCCCUCGAGCCUGCGGCUGCCUGGAAUACGCCGCGGUGGACGAAGAUGCUCUAAGACGAGAUGAGCCGCAGCGGCAUGCAGAAUAUGCGCUACAGAUGAAGGAGGGGGCGUUCGUUGACAGAACCAACCUCCCCAAGCGCUUUCCCUACAAGAGGCCGCAGGGAGAACAUCGACCGCAAACGUUGCAGCGUUUCUACCUCGAGUCGAGACACGCGAUCUAUGAAUGCAACGUCAAUUGCAACUGCGGCCCGGCGUGCAAGAGUCGUGUGGUGCAGAAGGGACGACGCGUGCCUCUCACCAUCUUCAAGACUCCCAACCGUGGCUGGGGAGUGCGGUGCAGCGAGAAGCUUGUUGAAGGGCAAUUCAUCGACACCUACCUUGGCGAGCUCAUCACCAACGACGAAGCCGAGCAACGAGAGCAGGCGGGCCCGAAAGACAAGGCCAGUUACCUGUACAGUCUGGACAAGUUUGUUGGUGACGCCUCCGACAUAACUGCCGACAAUUGUUUCGUGGUGGAUGGGCAGCACAAAGGGGGCGUCACGCGGUUCAUCAACCACAGCUGCGAGCCCAAUUGCCGGCAAUACACCGUGAGCUUCAACAAGUACGACGCGCGCGUCUACGAUCUGGCCUUCUUUGCCAUUGAGGACAUUCCCGCCGGCAAAGAACUGACGUUCGACUACCUCGACAAAGACGAGGAGGAAGAGGAGGAGGUGAUUGCCAAGAGGGAAGAGGCGGCGCUAGACCCCGGCAACAUGGACAAAGUGUUGUGCAACUGUGGGGCAACGAAAUGUCGCGGUUUUCUUUGGGUGUGACCAGGAUACGGGUUACACAGACGCGUGGCUAGCAUGCCCUGCUCGACUCAUCACGACUUUGCAUAGCGUAUGAGGGGAACGAAGAGAGAUCGUGGAGUGAGGUGCGGUGCGGGAGGGUCGGAAUGGACUAGUGAAGAGGACCCGCCGGCACGCACACGCUAACGCCCGCCCAUUUGCUCGAUGCUGCCUGAGGCCUCGCGCACGUUGCUCAGCCUUUCCCACUCGGCUCUCAACGCAGCACCGAGGACUUUACGGUGACGGGUUGGAACACGGCUUGUAGAAGAAUAAGAACACAACUAGCAUCAUCGGUAGUCCUCGGGCGCAUUGAACGAGUCAAAGAGACAGGAGCUUUGACGUGCGUGACGGGUAUAACUUAACUCAAAGCCGCGCUCGCUUGGGGGAAACAAAGUUUCGGCGAACCGUGCCCGCGCGAGAG